UCUAUCCAGCCGACUCUGGCUGCAGUCAAGCCCAGCUGCAAAGGCCUUCCAACCAAGGCGCCAUACAUUAGUUCCCAGGAAGCAACAUUUUCUAGACUGUCUUUGUCCUAUUAUUCUACCUGAAUGACCGAGAAGGCCCCCGAACAUUUGGCAACUGCCGAUCUCACUCCAGUAUCUCCGGCGCCUCUUCACCCAUCUUCUCCCGUAGUAGUACCAAGCCUGCAAGAUCAGGCUGACACACUCUGCACCAUGUCACUUUCCAGCGGCGCUCUGGACCCCUCCAUCUCCGUAGCCGCUGUGGGACGAGCUGAGGCAACAGACCAGAACACCCUACCUGCUAGUGCCAGUCAAAAUUAUGAUAAUAGUUCGGAAACUGCAACUUCACGUCGGGACAGUCUUGCUGACGAGAUUGACGGCACUGGGAAACAGCCUGGGGGGGCAGAAUUGCUAAAUGAAAGAUACGCACAUCGCCCUAGCCCUAGUCAGCAGAAUGAUAUUGAACAUCAGCAAGAAGAUAUGUCCAAUAUGAUUGAGUCCAGUAUUAGUUCUGUUACAUCUGAUUCCUUGACAAAUGGUUCUGAAGUCGGUGCUUCUUCAUAUGACCUAUCUUCCCCAAGCCGCGCCCAGUCCGUGCAUCAGUCUGUGCAUCAGUCUGCCACAAACCCGAGCCCAUCAGGAGCCCAAGAGCCGCAAAAGCCACAAGACCAGGCUGUAAUUAACUUGUCGACCAAGGACCCCGAUGUACCUCAGCCACCUUCAGCAGCGCCCGCUGAGGAAGACCGCCCAUCAAAUGCUGCCAAUGAUCGGCUUGACAUCCAAAACCUUGUCGAUAAGAUUAUAGGAAACGCGUCGGUGGGUGAUGCCAGUCAAACAGCUGCUCCACAGAGUUCUGCAAACAUUCCUGCUCCCCCGCAAGCAGUAUCAUUGCCACCUAGACCCCCAAUGCCGCAGCUGCCUGCCCAGCCAUAUGUCCACCCUGACGAUAGUCUCAAUUACCAAUCGGGACUAUCCUAUCAUAAUGCCAAUACCCUUUCUAGCCUUUCACCACCACCUGGUGCCUAUUCUGCUAGGGCUCCCGGAACGGCCUUAGAGUCCCAUAAUAACCUUCCACCCUCUCCAGCCUCAGCUCUGAAUGCAUUGUCAUCUUACUUGUUCCCGGUGUCCCAAUUUAACCAUCCUAGUGCCGUCUCUACAGGCCCUCCGUCGCAAGCCUCCGACCAACACCAACGAUGGGAAAGCUUUCUACAGGAAGAACGCCGCUACGUGUCGGAGGCCAAAUGGGACCGUUUUCCUGAGGGUUCUAGAUUAUUCAUUGGAAACUUGUCUAGUGACCGGGUCUCCAAAAAGGAAGUUUUCGACAUAUUCUGCAAAUACGGACGCCUGGCGCAAAUCUCGCUUAAACAGGCCUACGGUUUUGUACAGUAUCACACCCUGGCGGAAGGUCAGGCUGCGAUGGAUCAUUUACAGGGGAUAGAAGUAAAGGGACGUAAAAUUCAUCUUGAAUUCUCUCGAAGUCAAAAGAAAGAUGGGGACGGAGAAAAGCGAGGAACUAAAAUAAAGAAAGAAAACGAGCGCCACGACAGUGGACGCGGACGACGUGAUGAUUAUCGCCCAAGUCGACAGCUUUCUCCUAGGAUAGGAAGUCAUCGACAGCAGAGUUCCUUUGACAGUAGCCGUGGUUAUUAUGAUGAUUAUAACGCUCGUGCCCGCUCGCGAUCCCCGGGUCACGGAAGACGCGACUCGAAUCAUUACCGUCGCCGAAGUCCCAGCCCCUAUCACCGACAUCCAUCCGAGGUAGAGCUCGAUAUCCCCCGUAGAUAUGGUGGCGACAUUCCAGAUGUGCAGUUUCUAUUACUCCAGGGGGUCGAAAGAAAUUUCGUAAGCUGGGCCGAGCGAGCCUUUCUCAACCAAGGCUUGAGGGUGCAGGUCAUGUUCCUCCACCCUCAUUUCCCCCGUGAAGCUGUGAUCCAGCGUCAAGUGAUGGAAGGCGUCCAUGCGGUCGUCGAACUGGAUUUUCGAGCACAGCAAACAGGGCUCAUCUCUCUACAAGUAUUCAAUCGUGGACGUGACAAUGUCCAAUACGAUCAAUACCAGGACCUCGACCCUAAUAUUGCCGCGCAGCUAGUCAGCCGUGCCAAAUCCCAAGUUCAGUCGCACAAUCCUUACAGUGCUCAAUACCCGCCUGCCCAAUAUGCUCAGGCCCCGCACCCGCAGCCUUCUUACAUACCCCCUCCAUAUGCUGCUCAGCCCUAUCCUACCGCCGGUGCUCCCACUGGUAACCCAAGUGGCCCUCUAGAUAACGCUACACUGCAGAAGAUCCUGGGAUCUCUCCACAACCAACAAGGUGUUCCACAGAGCCACCACCCGGCCGGAGGUGCGCCCGUGGACGUAAAUUCGGUGCUCGCUAGUUUAGGAGGAGACCGUCACAUUUGUGCUGCCGGCCCUAGCCAGCCUCACAACUUAGGUUACCCACCUGUGCCGCCGAGCGGGGCUCCUGGUGGUGAUUCUUCGCAGCAUGUACAAAACAUCAUGGCACAGCUGGCGAGAUACCGACAGUGAACUAAUUACUCUCAUGUAUAUAACCUACAAUAUGUCACCUGGCGAAUCCUCCCGUCGCGUCUUACCAUUCUGUCUAUAGCAGGCGCUUGCAUGAGACUUUGGGACUCAAGGAUUAACGCUCUGUCCAUAUAGAAAGCACGAUGGCUACCGCUAAUGAUAUGAAAUUAAGGCUAUAGUGGCGACUUUUGGCCGAAU